AUGGAUGACGAAGGCACGCAGCCCUCGACGAGUCCGGAUCCGUCCACCACCAGCGCGACAGGCACCCACGGCGAUGCGCCACCCAAGAAGAAGCAAAAGCGCAACAAGCCGACGCUGAGCUGCGAGGAGUGUGUCGAGCGCAAAACCAAAUGUGACCGCACUCGUCCUCAUUGCUUGGCCUGCAUCAAGCGACAGUCAACAUGCAAAUACUCCGACAUUGCCAACCUGAUCGCGACUUCCACAGACAAGGUUGGCGCCGGUCGCACUGCGGGACGCUCCAGAAAAACGAGCGCGAGGCCUUCGUUGCACCUUGGCAGUGACCCGCACCCACAUGGCAACAAGCCCGUUCAGGCCCACAUCCAGGUACCACCAACGCCAGUCAGAGCACAAUAUCGUAGCGUGUCCUUGUCAUCGUCAGGGUCCUCGCCAUUCUUGUUAUCAAACAUACCCUACUCUAACCACACGCCCGCGCCAUUCUUUGGUCUGGGUUCUGAGCAUCCCUUUGCUAACUACUGGACGAGUCGCGGCGGUCUCGCCGAAGUUGUCGGCGUGUUGCCAGCUAAAGAGCAGGCAGACAUUUUGGUAGACAAGUACUUUGAUGCUGUCGACCCAGUAUACCCCAUGGUACAUCGCAGGAACUUCUAUGCCGAUUACCAACGGUUCUGGUCGCUACCAUUAGAGGAGAAACAUGCAGCAGAUCCCGUGCUGGUUGCUCUUCACUUUGUUGUGUACGCUAUGGGUACGCAGUUCAUCCGUACCACUGACAAUGCUGAGCGAGCGAAGAUUGCCGAGUUCUACAUAUCAGCUGCUCAGCAGGCAUUGCGAAUAUCUUCGUACCUCAGUCGAGCUUCGGUCAGAACACUGCAGGCCAUGGUUCUGAUAGGAUACUUUUUGAUGAACGACAAUCAUGCCUCUGAUGCAUGGGCUUUUGGUGGAGUUCUAGUACGGCAAGCAUACGCCAUGGGAUUACAUCGCGACCCAGACAUCAUCGCGCCUCGGUGUUCACUGAGUGACAAACAGCAACGGCGGAAGCUCUGGCAAGCCAUCUAUUUUCAGGACACCUUUCUUACUGUUUUACUAAAACUCCCACCGACCAGUGUGUUCUCAGACAUACAGCCAGAAUCCCUGAGCGAUGACCUUGAUGAAUACAUCCCGAACGGUUCUUCAAACAACGGCACGACAGACCCCGUCAUCAAUCCUAUGAGCAUCAGCAACAUCGCCUCGAACCAUGAUCUCUAUCCUUCCUACGAGUUGUCAGAUCGAAGAUACAUCCGCUCGAUGUGGCACAUGGCCAAUCUUGUAUCCCGCACUGUCUGCAUCCCACGUUCGUUGGCAACGCCCUUGACAACCUCAUUAUCGCAUAAGGCCGAGCUGGUAAACGAAUACUUUGCGCUGCAUAAGAGCUUCCCAGCAGAUCUUACGGCAUCUGACGAAGCCACUAUACGUAGUAUGGCAGAAACAAACCCACGCGGGUUACGACAGAACUUGUUCUUCCGAAGCAACUUCUGGCAUUGCGUCAUGGCCAUACAGGCGGAUGAGAACCCGGCCGAGGGUGUACCAUGCGACGUCAAAGGCGCGCUGGACGCGGCUAGGAUGGCGUUACAGUCUUUCUUCCAUUUCUGGGAGUACCUUAGGAUCGAUGCCAGUGUGUGGUGGGUGUUCCAACACCGCGCGUUUGAGGAAGCCCUCCUCAUGGCUCGAAUCCUCGGCCAGCAAGCGCAACCACUUUCACCCAGUCACAACGGCUUGCCCCCCUCAGCAGACCCCUUGCUCAAGGAAGCGAAGGAAGAUGCGCGGAAGUGUCUCGAUAUUUUGGAUCUGGUCGGCAUCGCACCGGAGAUGCAGAAGACGAGGACGGAAGUGCUCAGGACUGCGUUCUCAGAUAUAUUGUGGUAG